CUUUGGCUAGUCAUAAAGCCAUAAACGGGGAAAUUCCCAGUGUCCGGGAUGGCCAAGAAAAACCGAAUGAAGAGCCUGUUAACGGUUUUUCGGUUUAUGACAUGCAAACGCGUGACUGGCACCCGCUAAUUACCAUGUCUACCUGGUCAAAGGAUCUACCUGGUCGAUAAUAUCCUUUAAAAGGAUCUCACCGUGCAGGUCAGGGCAUCAUUCGCUCUAGAGACAUAGAACCAGCAACACAUCAUGAUUGAUCAGCACAAGUCCAGCCACAAAUCGGAGAAAUCCAGCCGUAAAUCAGGAAAGAAGCAUUCCGACAAACCCCACAAAGUGAAGACCCACGAUCCGCUAAAGAAACAGAAGAAGCGGGCCAUGAAGAAGAUGCGCCGCAAUGCCAAGACCAUCAACUUCCCGUACCAACUCUUCCUAUAUCGCCAGGAACUUAAACGAGCCAGUGCCGACUUCUCCUAUCUCCGGCUUUCGAAGGCCAAGAUACAGCUAACCUCGCAGCUGAUAGCCAAGAAAAUGGGCAGCUGCAAUCCCAUGUGCAGCGUGGAUGAACUCAAGGAACUCAGCCGUGAGGUGCAGUUUCAGAAACGCCUCUGCCAUCAGGUGGAGCGACUGCAGCAAUUCCGGCAACUUGGACUCACCGAGAUGAUACUCAAUGGCAAGAAGACGACCCUGUAAACUGUGGGAUAUUGGAGGGGAGGCUGAUAGGCUGGGGCUAGGCAUUAUGUUAAGUUAGUCGGUAGUUUUUAGGUUGUAAUAUUUUAUCAAAUAAAAUAUCACAUGGAAAGAGCAAAAAACAUCAUUUUUUUAAACUCAUAUUUAGUAU